AUGACCAUUAUGAGGCAUCACCAGUCCUUGGCCGUCUACUCCUUGCAGCUUCAGCUGGAAGGAAGCAGCCGUGAUUGGAGGCGGUUGAUCCUGGAUUGGCUCGUGAUCUCGUGGCUCCUUUACUUCCUCAUCCUCUUCCUCCUGACCUUCACCUACAUCGCUGUGCGCAAGCGCACCAUCAGGCAAUUGCAUCUGCACUCGGAGGAAUCCUUUGAUGAAGAGGCUGCCAAGUCGCGGGCCCAUGUCAGGCGCUUCUCCAUGGUGCCCACCGGCGACGAUGAGACGUCCGAUAGUGCGACGAUGGAGACGGUGCAGUCUGGUUACCAGCGCUGGUUCUUUGGCGUCUUCCUCUAUGUGCUUUGGAUGAUUGUCCCCCUGUUCUCGCAGAUCCAGUUGGCGUGGCUCACCUGGGAGAAUUACUUCGGCUUGGGCUACGAGGCCACGUCAAAGCUCUUCAUCUUCAUUUACGUGGGCUCGCAUCUGCUGCUGUUCCUCACCACCAAGUACAGUGGACAGGUGAAGACCUUCUUCCUUCAACCAAGCUCUUUGGCUGAGGCCACACAUAUCGCAAUUUUUCCUCGUGACAAGACGAAAGGCCUGAGUCAGCUGGAGUUGGUUUCAGUGAAGUCCGGAAGCCGCUACUACCAGCACACCUGCGUCCGCUACCUGUGGAACCAGGAGGCCCGUCGCUUCCGCCCAGCUGGCGUGCUCUUCCCCAGUGGCGAGGAGGCCUACAAGGCCCUGGACCUGGGUGGCUUGAGUCCUUUGCUGGCGGAAGAGCGCCAUCUCGAGCAGGGAAGCAACGCCAUCAACGUGAAGGUCUUGGGCAUUUUCGAAUCACUUCUGGCGGAAUAUUCGAUCUACAUCUUCCAGCUGAUGAGUAUUUGGUGCUACACCUUCACCAAUGCGUGGAACGUGGCAUUCUUGUGGGUCUUCCUGGUCUUCGGCAGCGGAGCAUGGACAAGCGUGAUGAUCGUCCGGCGGAAUCAGCAGCAGAUCGCUGAGAUGGCCGCGCAGGGAGCGACCCGCAUGGAACAAGUGCUGCGCAACGGCCAGUGGAUCGAAGUGCCUGCCACCGAACUCGUGCUGGGAGAUGUGCUUCAGGUGGCUGAUGGCGUAGCUUCUGCAGAUUUGGUUCUGGUUUCCGGGUGCGCAGUGGUCAAUGAGAGCAUGCUCACGGGAGAACCGAUGCCGCUGCAAAAGGUCGCGGUCGAGCCCAUGAACCCUUUGCCCUUCGACUACCAGGCCCAUGGCAAGAAGCACGGCAUCUUUGCAGGCACCGAAGUGCUCCAGAGUGUCGCUGAUGAGGGCAGCAACAGCAAUCGCGGUUCCACCGUGGCCGUGGGGGUGGUGAUGGCCAUUGGAGGAAGGACGACCAAGGGCAAACUGAUCCGGAUGGUCUUGUACCCAGCAGCAGUGAAGUUCAAAUACACUGAGCAGCUGCCCAUCGUCUAUAGCUUCAUGACCAUUUGGGCCGUGAUUUGCUUGGCGGCGACCUUGAGAUAUCAGGGUCAAGGAUGGGUCACGGGCUGCUUCUCAGGCUUGGCAUUUCUCACACAGGCCUUGAACCCGAUGAUGGCAGUGUCGUUCACAUUGGGCCAAAGCUGUGCAGCAAGCCGCUUGAAGGAGAACAGCAUCUCCUGCUUGAACAUCGGCAGGAUCCCCAUUGCUGGCAAGAUUCGGACGAUGGUCUUUGACAAGACGGGCACCAUCACCCAUGGAGGUGAGACGACGCGCGGUUCGAACGGACGGGCGGAGCACGAUGGACGUCGGUUCCCGGCGACCAUGGCCUCGGGGCCACGAACGAACGCGAUGGCCACGACGAUGCCAGCAGCCUUCGUGGCGCGGAAGGAGGCACGGCGGCCGCCCUCCGUCCGAGGUGUCAAGCCUUCAGUGCCUCAUGUGGCACGGCCUUCCUCCACACCGGCCACGCGUGUGAACCGCGCGACGAAAUCCAUGGACAAGCAGCCCUUGCAGUACUGGAACCAACAAGCACGGAACUAUGAUGACAACAUUUUCUCGAGCAUCGAUGAGGAUGCCACGGGGGUCAUCAAACAGGUCAUCGAAGCUUGUGGCAGCCCAAAUAGCCGUUGUCUCGACUUGGGGUGUGGUGUGGGAAAGUACUUGCCCACCUUGUCGAAGCACUUCCGGCAGGUUUGGGCCUAUGACCUGAGUCCCAAGCUGGUCACCUGCGCGCAGAAGGAGGUGAAGAAGCUGAACCUGCAGAACGUCAUGGUGUCGGUGCGGGACUUGGCGCAAGUCUGGUACCGCAACGAUGGCACUUCGAUGCACUAUGGACAUCUGGCGGAGAUGGGUUCCUUUGACUUCGCCGUCAUGGCUAACGUGCUCAUUGCUCCAGAUCAUGCCGGCUUACACCAGCUGAUGUUGAAGAACGCCUACCGAUCCUUGUGUCCCAAUGGCCGGCUGCUUUGCAUCGUCCCCUCCUUGGAGAGUGGGCUUUACGUCAACAUGCGCUGUGAGGAGGAGAGAUAUGACGGCCCCUACGGCGUCGGCGUCCAAGACCGGCCCACGCGCGCGGAGGGCGCGGACUGUGUGAAGGGCGUGCUGCGGCGGAGCGGGGUGCGGACCAAGCACUAUUUGGAGCCCGAGUUCCGAUGCCUCGCCUCCAAAGGAGGCUUUGAGGUUGAACGAGCUCAGCGCGUCUCCUACGCCUGGCGCUCUGAACUGGGCUUGGCCGCGGAUAGCCAAGUCCCCAAGAGGCUCCUUGACUCGCCACUGCCCUGGGAUUGGCUCUUCCUCCUGCGCAAAGCCGACACCGACGCCGCUCCACCGGCUCCUCCUCUGGUGGAGACGGUGCCGGUGGUUCCGGUGCUGGCGAAGAGUGAGUCGGAGAGGCGGCUCCCGACCCUUUUCCACGGCAAGGUGCAGUUCGACGAAGAGACCUUAGGGCUCAAGCUGGCACAGUUGUCCGUGCAUCGAUGA